AGUUAUCCCCGAAGGGUGUCAUAAGUAAAGUGUGUUCCGCACACCUUCUCGUGGCUGCACACGUAAAAAGGAGAACUCGAAGUGGAUCAGAAGCGCAACGCUGUCUCAGUACAGUGAUAGUACCCGUUCAGAACGGAUCGCGUUCUUACGAUAGACAAAAUGCAACUCCUGGCAAUCUACUGGGCGUUGCUACUGAUGGCGACUGGUCGCGGUAGCAUGGCGUUCGAUUACUGCGCUGCCUCGAAGGAGCUCUGUCCACUGAUACCUGGCGCCCGUCACGUCGUGUGCAAUGGGAGGAAGUUUUCGCCCGCUUGCAAAGAUCCCAAACUGAUCAAAAUGAAGCCCGAGUAUCGGACACAGAUACUGGAGUUUCACAACCGAUUGCGGAACAAUCUUGCGUGUGGAUACUUUCACCGGUACGCAGAAGCGAGCUCGAUGGAGCAGUUGCACUGGGAUAAUAAGCUGGCCCGUAUGGCAGAAUACAAUGCACGAACGUGCAGCUUUGAGCACGAUCAGUGUCGGAACACGCGCAAGUUUCGUACCGUCGGCCAAAAUCUCGCCAUCAAUUGGUUCUACGGCAUGAACGUGACCGUGUCGCAGGCGCUGGAAAAGUUUCAACGCCACUGGUUCCUGGAGUAUGGCAAGGGUCGCCAGAAACUGCUCGAUCGCUACUCCAAACACUCGAUGCAGGCCGGCAUAGGACACUUCACACAGAUGAUACACGCAAAUACGCAGUACUUGGGAUGUGCGAUGGUACGCUUCCGAGGGACCCAGCAAGGCUUUCCGGUGACACAGUACUAUCUGGUAUGCAACUAUUCCGAGGGCAAUCUGUACGAGCGGCCCGUCUACCGGAAGGGCAAACGGUGCAGCAAAUGCAAGUACGGAUGCUCCAACGACACGUCCUACCGCUGUCUAUGCCGAUCGUACGUGCGGAACUAGCCGACGGUGCGCACUUCAGAAGCGAUUCUAAGCCAGAAGAGAUCAGUGCGGGACGGCUUCGCUACUCAAGGGGUUUGGGGGCCAGUAAGGCACGGUGAACUUCAAACAAUGGGAGGCGCAUCAGUAUCAUCGCACGGUUUUACAACACAAUUCUUGAUAAGAGUAUUCCAUUGCAUAGCCAUAACAGUACUGAAAUAAAGAAAAAGAAAACUCCGUCCAAUAUGAAAGACAAAA